ACCGGGCCCACCCCCUGGAGGGGGGUCCUGAAGGAAGGCGGACGCAGCCAAUGGGCGUACCCGAAGCGGCCGUCCCUCCCUCCCCGCCCGCCAGUGAGGGCGCGGUGGGCAGGGCCUGUCAGGCCAGGCCGCGCCGCCGCGACAGUCGCCUCAGCCUCCUCACCAGCGCUAAAUCCGGGACUGGACCGAGCGGAGUUGCGCGUGUUGCCGAAGUGGGGUGGGCCGGGGGCGGGGAGGUUCGUUCCGCGGAGCCGCAGCCAGAACCGGGACCGGAAAUCACCUUCAAGCCAUUCUGGUGAAAGUGUCAUAAAUUAAGAAGGAAAACAUAUCCUUUGUUCUUUGGCAUGGAUAAAUGUUCAGUGGGAGGAUUAGACUUGACUGAACAGACUCCUGUUUUAUUAGGGAGUAAAGCCAUGACAGCUAGUCUCAUGGACAUAGGAAACUCAUUUGGUGACCCAGCUAGCCCUUUAAUUAAUAGAUCUAGAAACUCAUCAGUGGAAGAUGAUGAUGAUGUUGUAUUUAUUGAAUCUAUACAGCCUCCUUCAACUUCUGCUCCAGUAAUAGCUGUUCAAAGAAAUUUUACAUUUGCUUCAUCAAGAAAUGAAAAGCUACAAGGAAAUUACUCCAUAAUUCUUCCCUCCUCAAGAGAUCUGGCUUCUCAGAAGGGAAGUCUAAGCGAGACAAUUGUCAUUGAUGAUGAAGAGGACGUGGAAACAAAUGGAAGAGAAAAGAGAAAUUCUUCCAGUUUUAUCGAAUGGGGACUUCCCAGAGCUAAAAACAGAACCAAAGAUUUGGAUUUCUCCUCCUCGAGUCUUUCAAGAAGUAAGACCAAGACUGCAGUAGGACCUUUUAAUCCUGGUAGAGUGAAUGUGGCAGGAGAUGAAUUUCAGAAUGGAGAAUUUGCGACUCAUCAUAGUCCUGGUUGGGCACAGCUGAAGAGCAUCUGAGUGUAUCAGAACAUUAUCCAGACUGAAGCACAGAGAACUGAAAGGAGGGAAACAGAAAAAGAUGUAAGAGACUUAACUGCACUUGAUGAAAAGGAUAUGUAAUUAAUGUCCCAGACAGAAGAGGUACAAUUGAGAAUUUCCUAAAAUAGAGAAGAAACACUAAUGUAUGAAUUCAAGAACCUUUACAAAUCCCAAGCAGGAUAAAUACCUAAGAAACCAUUAGGAGACGUGCAGAACUCACAGUCACAGAUGGGAAGCAAUACAAGUGUCCGCAGCAGCAGUAUUAGCCACACUGUGGAACACCCCUGUGGAAAGGAGCAAACAACCACAGCAGUGUGAUGAAGCUUACAGGCAAGAUGCUGAGUCAAGGACACGAGAGAAGAGGGUACAUUGCGCGUGAUUUCAUACACGAAGUACAAAAUAAGACAAACUAAUCUUUGAAGUCGGAAUAGGGAUGGCUUGUGGGAAGGAGGGAAGUAACUUGAGUGGAAGAGACAUCAGGAAGACUUCUAGGACGUGGAAGUUUGCUGUUUGUUUAUCUGUGUGAUGGUCGUACAAGUACGUACUCAUCGUAAAAGUCUCCAUUGAUCUCUGCACUUAAGAUGUGUAAACUUUUAUGUGUAUGCAUUGUUCUGUAAUAACUAAAAAAAAAACCCUACUGAGACACUGAAAUAACUUCUCACUAGCAGACCAACGCUAAAGAAAUACUAAAAGGUUUAGAUGCAGGAAGAAAUGAAGAACAUUUAAAACUCAAAUAGCGGUUAUGGUCCUUACUGGACUUUGGUGUAAAUCACCUCUAACUUCUAGGUCUUAAUUUUCCUUGCAUAUAAUGAGGGAUUUAGAUUAAAUAGUCUGCUAGGCCCCUUCUCUUAAAAUUUAUCCUCAGGAUAGAGCAUGGAAGAAUUUGAGAGUUCUUUACAUUUAACCUGGAGACACUAGUACCAAAAAUAAAAUAAGAAUUUGAUGAAAUAAGAAACUUUAAAAUUAGAAGAAAUUGAAUACUUGAAGUAUAAACAAAACAUUUGCUUUAUAUAUGUAUGUACAAAAGCUAAAGUGAAAAAAAUUUCAGAACCAAUUGAGCAGUAUUGUUGAUGUCUCACUGUACAUAAUUAUAUAUAAAUAUAUGGUAUUUAUCCAUGGAUAAGUUCGCAAAAUUUAAAAGCCCAAUAUUUUUGUAUUUAGGGUUCUUAUUUCUCCCAUAUUAGUGGUAGCAACAAAUCUUGUAAUAGUUAUCUUUUAUUUCUAUUACUUAUUAAAUCUAGUUUGUUAUCCAGUAUGAUAUGCAGUGAAGUUUGGUCCCAGAAUGCAUCCUGUUUAUAAAUAAUAUUUGUUUUCUAAAGAAAUGGUUAAGAAGUAGGAAAAUUUAGCAAUAAAGAAAGUUCUGAGUACUUGGUAAUAAAAGACAGUUUUGGAAUCCAGUUCAUAUUCGCCAGCAAGUCAUCCUGUGGAAUGAAAGAACGAAAAGGAAAAAACAAGAUCAGAAACAGUGGGUGGGGAUUAGAAAUGAAAAGAGUUGUUAGUGUUGGUAGUAUUACGAGAGGCCUUGGAGCUGUGAUGCAUGGAGGGGCCGCAGGCCUUGGCUCAUGACAAAAGCUGUUGAAGAGAGAUGAUAGAAUAAUGUAGUAGUUCUGGGCCCUGUUUCUCAAAGAUUCACUGUUACCCAGAGUUAGUUAGAAAUGUAGGAUCUCAGCCCCUCCUCAGACCUACUGUUUUGUUGUUGUUGUUGUUGUUGUUGUUGUUGUUGUUUUGCCUUUCUGUGAGUUUAUUGUGGUUUUUUUAAUUAUUACUUUAAGAAAAUGACAUUCUGUGCUUUUUGGAUUUUAAAGGUAACCAUAUCCACUGUAGAAAUUUGGAAAGGUAAGAUCAUAAACAGUGCCCUCACCGUUACCACCAGCAGCACCUGAGGGUUUACGCCUCCAUUCGGCUUUGCACGUGCGUCUGUAACCCUGGACUCACGUGCACAUCACAACUGUGAUAAUGUGAUGUCCACAGCACAUGCUAGGAGACGUGCCUGACCCACACUGGCUGCUUCUACCUAGAAGGCAGCUCUCCCGAUGCAGUAAUUCCCUUGGGUUGUGUCAAGCUGUUCUGUCUCAGUCCAGCCACAAAUGAUCGUGACCAGGGGCAGUUUUAUUAACAUGAUUGAUAAAUUCUGAGUCAGGAUGGCUGCACCUAGUAAGGGAGGAUCAGACCUACUGAUUUAGAAUCACUAUUUAAACAAGGUCCCCAGGUGAUCUUAUGCAUGUUUAAGUCUGAGAGGCACUAUGACCUGCAUACGAUGUUGUUCCGUUUUGAAGCUAAUGGUAAUGUAUGAUGGAGGCCCUGUGUGAUCCACCACUUCUACUGAUGCCUAGGAGAGAUUUCAGAAGGCUAGGGAGUAAUUGUACAAAGAGUUGCUUUAAAAUGUUAUGUCUAAAUUAUAUUUAUUUCAAAGUAUUUUGGAGGGAAAUGUACUAAUGUCUAUAUAUUACUUAAAAUACAUAAAAAGAGUAGAUUGAAAGAUGUGAUAAAGUGAAAUAGUGUAGAAUCUACUUGGACAUACAGGUGUUCACUGUAAAAUUCUUUCAACGUCUCUAUAUGCUUUAAGUUUUUCAUAAUAAAAUGUUAGAGGGAAGCUGUUAUGAAAAUGGGUAUCAUAUAUCAUACUCUUCAGUUAUCUUUUAUUUGCAUAUUUGCUUUGUUUUGUAUUGUAGUCUUUCCUUUUAGAAAAAGUGGCUUAGGAAGUGCCCCGAGUACAAAAUGUAAUGCUUCAUCGUAUGCAUUAUCUCAUUUAGUCUUUUUUUUUCUUUCUUUAGGGUAAAAGUAGAUUUAUUCAGGGAGAUACACACUCCAUAGACAGAAUGCAGGCCAUCUCAAAAGGCAAGAGAGGGACAGAGAGAGUCAGCUUCAUUUAGUCUUCAUAACACUGAUAGGUUAGGUAUCUGCGCAGUUUGUAGCUGAGAAAACCGAGACCCAGUUUAAUUUACUU